UACACCAAGCGCCACGUCGUCACGAUCUCGCUCGGCAAGAUCAAGACCAACCAGCAGCUGCUCGACGCGCUCUUCGACAUGAAGUUCGCCGUACAGGGUCUGGACUCGCCGGUCGAGAUGGACUUCGAGGACGUCGUGUUCGUCAUGGAGGACAUCGACUGCGCGUCUUCUAUCGUGAAGGCGCGUGCGAGCGACGCCGCGGAGAGCAAGAGCGCUGGCACCGGCGACAAGCCUCAGCAGCAGUCCGAAGACGACAAGCUCGUGUCCUCGAUGAUCAAGGCCUGCCUCGAGGACGAGAAGAAGUACAACAUGCGCAACGACAAACUCAACCUGUCGGGGCUGCUCAACGUGCUGGACGGCGUCAUCGACUGCCCCGGUCGCAUCGUCAUCAUGACGACCAACCACCCGGAGAAGCUCGACCCGGCGCUUGUGCGUCCUGGUCGUGUGAACAAGAAGCUGCUGCUGGGCUACAUGGGCUGCGCGCAGAUCCAGCAAAUGAUCGAGUACUACUGCGUCGCCAAGCUGGACGAGUCUCAGGUUCGUCGACUGGGUGACGCAUUCGAGUUGUCGCCGCAAGCGUUCACGCCGGCAGAGAUCGAGGAGCUAUGCGCCGAGCACGAGGACGUGGACGCGGUGCUCGGUGGAUUCGAGCGGCUCGCUGCGAGGCACUAA